AUGCUAAAUAGAGCCGCAAGCACAUCUGUGAGUAGAAAAAUGACAUCGAAAUUUACUCUUUCGGCUGUCGAGCAGAAUGUGUGCUCGCUUUUGAAAGACUACAGCCGCGAAUAUAAUCAGAUAAACAAACUUGCGGAGCCAUUGACUCUUAGAAUUACAGGAGGAUGGGUUCGUGACAAAUUGCUGGGCUUGAACUCUCAUGAUUUGGAUAUUGCCGUUAACACUAUGUCCGGCGAACAGUUUGCACACGGACUUAGCGAUUUUUUGGUCAAAAACCACCAAACUUAUGGAAUCACUCCCCAUUCUAUUCACAAAAUUGAUAAGAAUCCAGAAAAAUCAAAACAUUUGGAGACUGCCACUACAAAACUCUUCGAUAUCGAGGUAGAUUUUGUGAAUCUCAGAUCAGAAGAAUAUUCUAAUGACUCUCGGAUUCCAAUCGUCGAAUUUGGAACCCCAGAACAAGACGCUCUUCGGCGCGAUGCUACUUUGAAUGCUUUAUUUUACAACAUUCAACGCGACGAAAUUGAGGAUUUUACGAAAACGGGAUUACAAGACUUAGAAAGAGGUGUGUUACGCACACCUUUACCACCUUUACAGACAUUCUUAGAUGAUCCGCUACGAGUGCUUCGUCUCAUUAGGUUUGCUUCUAGAUUCGGGUUCUCAAUCGAUCCUGAAACUUAUCAAGCCAUGCAAGACCCGGACAUCAAUAAAGCUCUGGGAUUCAAAAUUUCUCGUGAGCGAGUGGGCAUCGAAGUCCAAAAAAUAUUACAAGGACCAGAUCCUUUACGUGGGCUGAAAUUGAUUCAGAAAGCAGGUCUAGACAAUGUCAUCUUUUACUGGCACAGCGACCCUGUGGUGAUUGAAUACAAUGCUCAAAUGACCGAAAUGAGUGAACAUAAUCAGGCUUACGCUAAUUUGAACAAACACAUCGCACAAGUGCUCGAAAAGUUGCCGUUUCUUAUCGAAAGUCUGCCCAAAUUAGCACAACGCUGGGAAGAAAGUACUAUUUUCAAGCAAAACUUUAUCCUGAGCGUUUUGCUGGCACCAUUCAGGGGCACCAGAAUCGUUUGGAACCCGCAAAAAGCGCUUAAACGUGAAAUAUCGCUAUCUGAGAGUAUCGUGAAAGAUGGGUUAAAGUUGGGUAAAAACGACUCAGACUUAAUUGGAAGAUGUGUUGAGACGCAUCUUGCAUAUCACAAUAUGGUACUAGAUUACAGGAGUAUGGCGAGGAGUGAAAUUGGGAUGUUACUGCGUGACUACAAAGGUCAAUGGGAAUUGGCUCAUCUCGCGAACUUGACACUUGCUUUCUGUAAUGAGGAGACGCAUUUGGACAGGUACCAACAAUUUUCAAAAUUCGUUUUUGAACACAAGUUGGAGGACUCACAUUUAUUGAGACCCUUGAUAGAUGGUAAAACUUUAUCGAAACAGCUGGGUAUAAAACCCGGACCGUGGAUGAGCCAUGUCGUCGCAGACAUGAUCAAAUGGCAAUACGAUAAUCCCUCUGGGAGCGAAGACGAAUGUAUGAACUAUGUGAGACAAACUCUUCCAAAGUACGUUUAG